UGUCGCCUCGUUGACAGUUUCGUUGACCCGUGAGUUGCGUGUAUACCCCAGAAGCGAUAUUAAACUCGUUCGAGGAUGCCUUCCUUUUUAUCGAAGGUUUUUGGGCGGUCCAAGAAGGAGGAGAAAGAGCCCCGGCAGCGCCUUUCGUCUGACCCAUCGCUACUCGAUGGAAAAUUCGAGGCCAUCCCGCCAGUGCUCACCCCCACCACACCCUCGUUUAAUGGCACAUCCACCAGCAAGCCCGCCGCGACUGCAAUCACCAGGAACAAGUCCCUCAAGGACAGGAAAGACCUUGACUGGCAACUUUCGCUCAACCUCCCUACCCCCAAAGAGGAGUCUUCGAGGGCACUGGGAGCCGUGUUUGAGGCGGAUCCCGAUGCCCAGAUUUUAAUGUCAGAGGCCGUCAUUGGUGAGCGGAACUUGAGUCCGCUCGAGGCUUUUUUGUUGGUCAAGGCAUGCUCGCAGUCCAUAACUGCUCAUGGACUCGAGACGCUGGGUAUCAUGAUUCCCCAUUACUAUUCGGCUUCACCUGCAACUCAGCGAAAGCUCAUCUCAUUGUUCAUCCACUCUUUAGCCCUCAACAGCCCAAUAACCACGCUCUCUCCGUCUGCUUCAUCUACUGUAUCUGCAUUCGAGUCUCAGAUUGACUCAACGCGCUCUCCUCACGACGUCGCAGCAGUGCUUCGCUGGGGUCUUCGUCAUCUGCAACUCGAUAAUUCGUGUUUCGGCAAAGACGAGCGGUGGUACGAGACGUUCCACGAUGCUGAAAAAGCAUCGGAAUACCCACCAAAGGCGUUCACAGAGAAGCUCGUGCCAUUGCUGCCUCCUAGCCACCUCCAUCUCUUGACCGCAUUGCUCGACAUCUUCUCCAGUCUUGCGGCCCAUUCAGAGGCCAACGGAAUCUCUGGAAGUAAGCUCACUCGCAUGCUGGGCUACUGGAUCGUUUCUGGUCCACGCAUCGUUGAUGGCGAUGACUUCCACUCCUUUUACGCUCGAUGGGACAAAUGGGGGCGCGUCGUCGAGCACCUCUUCCUGUCCAAAAUCAGGCAUGUCUAUCUGGAUGAAUCAACCGACCAGCGACUGCCAACGAGGCUCACAGAGCUCGUUAAGCAUUACCCCUACACCAAGACCGCGUCCCCAACGACGGACGCCGCCUUCCUGCCAACACCCCGGUUCUCGACGCGUAAGCUGGAAACACUACACGUCUUGAUCGAAACGGAGAUUGUCGCCGGGUCGCCUAAAGGAACGAAGAACCAUUCCUUGCGGCUCAUUGCAGAUGCUCUCAAAUCAACUUCUUCGGUUGAUGGCGCGGAAGCCGCUUUCUGGGAUUCUCUCAAGAAGCAUGUUUCCGUUGCAGACGCUGAAUCAGAGUCGUAUCCCGGCUUGAGCAGUCUGUUUGCGGAUGAGACGAUCCGCUUCCUUUCGCUCCUCCCAAUGUCGUCUGACACCGAAACCAAAGCGCCAUCACCCGCUCCGUUCUCGAUCGUUAUUCCUGCCAACAAGAUUGGCCGGCGACGAAGCAUGUCAAUGGGCGACAAAGACAAAGCGGCUGCUGCCGCUGCUGUCGCCCAUUCCAAGGCAGCUUCUGCCGAGAGCACCUCCACGGGCAACGCCAGCCCUCUUUCAGCCGAGCCUCUCGCUAUCGACUGGGCUCAAUUCUCCACAUCAGGUUUCUUCUCUGACGACAAUGGCCAACGAACGUCCAAAAUUGCGCAGACUCUCCUUGAUAACAAGGAUGUCGAGAUCACCAUGCCAAAGCUUCCGCUCAACGUUCGUCGCAAACUCCCGCCUCCUCUUAUUCCGCUGCCAACAUCCCGCGGACGGAGUCUGGACCUUCCCGCGUUCAAGGACGCCGAGAAAGACCAAGUCAAGCAAGGCAGCUCAAAGGCAACUCGAAUCCAAGUCGUGCAAGUAGACGAGGCUUUCGUCGACUUCUGGACUGACGCGCUGCUCGACCCCAUCACCGCAACCUGGCCGAGCUUCGUGCUCGGUAAGAUUAAGUCAUCCGUCCCCACCAACUUUGCGGACAAGUCCGUCCAAUGGCUUCUCAUUGAGCAGCGCUUCGUCACGCCCCCGCCGCCCGCCCCCGCACCGCGCUCUCCCACAGUCACGAUCGAGAGUGAAGCGCGGCCACGGCCCACGAGCCCGAAGCCCUCCUUUGCCUCAGACACAAAAAGCACCAAGAAGAAACGGUUCAGCUUCUUCACCUCCCUCAGCUCUACCUCCGUUUCUUCUUCCACAAGCAAGCGGAAGAGCGCCAAGGCGGGCAGCGGCAAGGUCGGGGAGAUGGGCGAGAUCCUGCAAGAGGAAGAGGAGCCCAGUCCUGUUACACCUGGUAGUAAAAGCACCACCCCCGCGCCACCUCCAAAGGCUGCAGCUACGACUGUCGUUGUGGCGCAACCGACCCCACCAGUAUUAUCCAGCGCGCCAGUUGUUGCAGCUGCAGCUAUCGCUGUGGCAGAAGCCACCCCUGCGAUUACUGAAGAACCUAAGGCAGAAAUCGUUCAAGAGGAACCAGCAGUACCUUCUGCAACCGAAGCAGCUCUCAUUCCAUCCGCUGAAGCACCGGCCGCAGACUCUACUCCUGUCGAAUCCGACGCUCCUGCUGCGGCAGAACCUAUCGUUGAAGAGGCGCAAGCAGAACCCUCAACUGAAGCAGCUGCCACUCCAUCCGCUGAAGCACCGGCCUCGGAUCCCACUCCCGCCGAAGCACCAGCCGUUAUCGAAGAUCCCGUGAUUCAGCCAAACGAAGCCGCUCCCGCGCCUGAAGAACCUAUCGUUGAAGAGCCACAAACAGCACCCACUCCCGCCGAAGGACCAGCCGUUAUCGAAGAUCCCGUGAUUCAGCCAAACGAAGCCGCUCCCGCGCCUGAAGAACCUAUCGUUGAAGAGCCACAAACAGCACCCUCAAUUGAAGCAGUUGUCACUUCAUCAGCCGAAGCACUGGCCUCGGAUUCCACUCCCGCCGAAGCACCAGCCGUUAUCGAAGAACCCGUGAUUCCGCCAAACGAAGCCGCUCCCGCCACUGAAGCUCAGGCUGAAGAGCAGAUUGCCGAUGUCCCCGCCGUCGCCGUCGCCACCGAGGUCUCGUCCACCGAUGAUGCUGCACUUGCAGAGGAGAAACAGAAAGCCGAAGCCGAGUCUGAGGCUGCUCGUCAAGCUGAAGCUCUCGGAAAAGAGCGUCUGGCACAAGAACAGCAGCUCCGAGUUGAAGAAGAACGACUCGCCAAGGAAGAAGCCGACAAGCAAGCGGAGCUCGCGCGUAUCGAACAAGAAAAACGGGAAACUGAAGAACGUUUGGCCAGAGAAGAGGCUGAACGGGUCGCCCAUGAACAAGAGCUGGCGCGUAUCGAGCAGGAACGGCGGGAGGCUGAAGCGCGUCUGGCCAAAGAGGAAGCUGAGAGGUUUGCGCAUGAGGAACAACUGCGGCUGGAACAAGAAAAGCGCGAGACGGAGGAGCGGCUUGCAGAACUUGCCCGGCUCGAAGAAGAAAAGCGUGAAAUUGAAAAACGCUUGGCCAGAGAAGAGGCGGAGAGGGUCGCGCAUGAGCAGGAACUGGCUCGUCUGGAACAGGAAAGGCGGGAAACGGAGGAGCGAUUGGCCAAGGAAGAGGCUGAACGGCUUGCGAAGGAGGAUGCAGAGAGAAUUGCACGUGAGGAGGCAGUGCGACUCGAGGCAGAACGGCUUGCCAAAGAAGAAGCUGCAAGACUCGAAGCUGAACGACUUGCAAAGGAGGAAGCCAAUAGACUGGAGGCUGAACGACUCGCUAAGGAAGAAGCGGAAAGGCUCGCAAAGGAAGAAGCCGACCGGCUUGCACGUGAGGAGGCAGAACAAUUGGCGAAAGAAGAAGCCGCAAGACUCGAAGCUGAACGACUUGCAAAGGAGGAAGCCAAUAGACUGGAGGCUGAACGACUCGCUAAGGAAGAAGCGGAAAGGCUUGCAAAGGAAGAAGCUGACCGACUUGAGGCUGAACGACUUGCAAAGGAGGAAGCCGAUAGACUUGCUCGUGAGGAGGAAAAGCGAUUGGCAAAGGAAGAAGCCGAACGACUGGAGGCUGAACGCCUCGCCCGUGAGGAGGAGGAGCGAUUGGCGAAGGAAGAAGCUGAGAGAUUGGAGGCUGAAAGACUCGCCAAGGAAGAAGCUGAAAGACUGGCCAAAGAGGAGGAGGAAAGGCUUGCCAAAGAAGAGGCUGAAAGACUCGCCCAAGAGAAGCGCGAACUCGAAGAACGCCUUGCGCGAGAGGAAGCCGAAAGGAUUGCCCACGAGCAAGAAAAGCGGGAAGCGGAGGAGGCCGAAAGGCUCGCCCAUGAACAAGAGUUGGCUAGAAUUGAGGCAGAGCGUGUCGCAAAAGAAGAAGCGGACAGAAUCGCACACGAGCAAGAACUGGCCCGCCUCGAGCAAGAGCGGUUGGCCAAAGAAGAGGCGGACAGAAUCGCACACGAACAAGAACUCGCGCGCAUUGAACAGGAAAAGCGUGAGGCGGAAGAGGCCGCUGAACUUGCCAGAAUUGAGCAAGAGAAGCAGGAACGUCUGGCUAAAGAGGAGGCCCAGCGCGUUGCAAAAGAGGCUGAAGAACAAGCUGCUGGCCAUAUCGAGCCUCUCCAUGAAACCCCUGCCCCCAACGAUGCACUCGUUGAUCUACCGCCAGUGCCUGUCGUCGACUCUCGACCUGAGUUGGUCCAUGGCGAGACAGCCAUCUCUCACCUGGAGCUCACUCCUCCGCCGGAAUCUGCGGAGGAAACCGGCCCGGCUGAACCCACAACACCCGCUGCAAUGCUUCCUGGUGGCGAAACCCCAGGACCCCAAGUAGCUCUCGACGUCCACGCUGACGACUCUUCCAAGGCUGUCGAGGAUGAAGUCGCCGUCAAAGGCAACGCUGCUGACACGAAUGGCCACGAAAAUGGACACGACGAGGAAACCAAGACUGCCGCAUGA